AUUGCCAGUAGACAUCAGCUGACGAUGUGCACUAAGACCUGCAUGUACCUGUUUCUGUCUCUGUUGCUCUGUUUUGGAGCCUCCGAGGGAAAACAGGACUUUGCUGUCAACGUCAACAAUGAUGGCACCUACAACGUCGUUGUUCAGGGAGAUGUGUGGCUGAAGAGCGCUCCCACCUUCUUCAGAGCUGAUGGUCAAGUGUUCUCCUCUGCUGAUGGAUCUCUGAAGCUAGUCAAGAACACUCAGUCCAGUGGUGUGGACGUCAUCGGGCAGUGGGAGGCCAGCAGCUUCUUGUACCAGGCAGGGUCCAGUCAGAUCGAGGCCAGCUUUGUACAGUACACACCAGAUCCAAGCAUAUUUACUUACAACAAUCCGGCCUUACCGUUCAUGUUGUUUAAACAGCGUUAUAUCAAUGGAGCAAACAACACCGCCUCCAACAGCACUGCCUUCACCAUUUCUGGCUUUCCUGGAUUUCUAAUUCAAGAGUCCACCAUCCCACUGGGAUACCUCAGUUAUGGAGGACUGAUGUUUGGAUUUAUGGGUCUCAUGGCAGGGCAAUGGGGACCAUCAUCGUUCAAAAUCGACGAUGGGAUUGAAGGUGGACCCUUGGCUUUAUUUGAUAAAGUAAAGACUGCAAAUACACUGAUUAUCUCCCCUGCCAGUCGAUUUAUGUCGUCAUCAAUAUGGCGUCAGAACUCCAGCACCGGCGGGAACAAGGUCUACUGGGGGACGAUGGGAGGAGUUGAAGAUGUCCCUGUUGGCGUUGAAACAAGCAUUAUUCUUUUCUGUGGUAACCAAGGCAUUAAUAAGGCCAUGGUAAGUUGGGGGCAAAUCUUGAAACACUGGUUCGGCCGUACAGAUCAAUAUGUCAAGUCCGACUUUACAAUCAACUACUUAGGGUACUGGACAGACAAUGGAGCGUAUUACGCUCACCUCCACAAGAUGGAUAAAAAGACCCCCCAGGACACAGUGUUGGACAUCAAGAGCUACUUGGUGCAGAUGGGGGUACCCGUCAGGUACAUUCAGUUCGACCUGUGGUGGUACUUCAAGGCCAGUGACCAUGGUGUUGUAACUUGGACAGCUGAACCAACGGUCUUCCCCAAUGGAAUGGUGUGGCUCUACAACAAGACAGAGUUACCUGUCUUUGGCUACAACACGUUCUGGUCAAGCAACACAACUUACGCCAGGGCUAAUGGAGGAAAGUAUGACUUCCUGAUCGAUGUUCCCAAAGCUUUACCACUGGAAGAGAUGUUUUGGACUGACUUGCUCGCUGGAGGAAGGAUAUGGGGUCUGUUUGCAUAUGAACAGGAUUUCCUCAGUGAGGAAUUUGAACAAAUAAAGGAAUUCCUGACUGACAUUGACCUUGGCCGCCAAUGGUUGACUCAGAUGGGGAAUGGGGCUGCCAAGAACGGUCUGACCAUCCAGUACUGCAUGUCCUACCCACGACAUAUGCUUCAGUCUCUGGAAAUACCUGUCGUCACACAGGCGCGUGUAAGCCAUGACAAUCGACCAGGUACCGACAACUGGAAGAUAGGUGUGACGUCACUAUUUGCUUGGGCUAUUGGAGUUGCACCCUUCAAGGACAAUUUUUGGACAACCAGCGUGCAGCCUGGAAAUAGUUAUAAUGCUACGGAACCGUACCCGUCCCUUCACGCCGUGGUUGCAACCUUAAGUACAGGCCCAGUAGGAAUUGGAGACAUGGUUGGGGGCACGAACAAGACACUCAUCAUGAAAUCUGUAAAUGCUGACGGCUUAAUCUUGAAACCAUCUCGACCUGCAACUUCAAUUGACAACAGGAUACGGAGGAUGGCCUGGUCAGACUUUGAGGGUCCUGAUGGGGAGGUGUGGUCCACGUAUUCAGAUUUUGGUGGAAAGAACAAGUACGGUAUCAUCCUCGCUGCUGAUCUCCAAGGAAGCUACACCAUGACACCUUGCAUGGCUGGAUAUCAAGGGUUUCCCAGCUCCAUGGUUUUCCCAGCCAAAGAUCCCAACAAAAUCCAGCCCUUGACCAACGCCCAGCCUUUGACAAUGAGUGGCUGCACCAUGGCUGACUUCUGUCUCUUCUAUGUAUCACCUGUACUGAGCAUCAAUGGCAAACAAGUUCUCAUCCAGGGUGAGUUAGACAAGUGGGUGCCCAUGUCACCCCAGAGAGUGACAGGCAUCAACAUUGCCGAUGACAUCACCAUCAGCCUCACUGGAGCUGCCCACGAAACUGUCUCCUUCUGGUUCAACGUGGAUGGUAAAUCCUCACCUGUGACCUGUACCCUCGGAGCAGGGGGACUAGCCACCCUCAGUUUCUCAGCAGGCACAUGUCGUGGUGUUUAAUCAAUAUGAUGUAUAUAUGAAACGUGUAGCUUCAUAACGAAUAAACGCAAAUCGGAUCAUUGCAUUCAUUUACCAACGUAUUUCCUUUAGUUUCCAUGUUCUAAAAUCUGGCUUUGUUUCCUAUUACUUAUAAUGGUGUAUGCGCAUAAAUAUUUGUACAUGUUCAUAACUUAUCUUCCUGUGUGUACUAUUUUGCAUUCAUUAUGAUGUUGCUGCUUCUUGAGAGAAAAUAAACAAAUGCUAUUUGGA